AACGGUUUGACGAAUAAAGGUUUAAAGCACUGGCUCAGUGAUGUGGGCCCUAACCUCAGGCGCUUCAUGUUGGAAAACUGUGGUAUUUUCCGCGAAGCAAACGAAGAAUAUGCAAUUGACGCUUGCAUCGCCUCCAUGGUAAAUAUAGAAACCAUGAACUUAAAAGGCGACAUUGCCUCAGAAAAUGUCUUUUUACGGAAGACAUCUCUACCGCACCCCAGGAAAUAUUCUUCGAGGGCCUUUGUCGCUGUCAUCGAUGCUCCAGCGAUCAGCGCUCAUCGUUUGGUCGGUGCUUUGAAAACUACUAGUUGGGAAAGCAUACACAUAUAUGGACCAAACCCUGAGUAUGCAGAAGUGAAGGAUGUCAUCGAAAAGGCUGCGAGGCGGAGGAAGAUCGACUUUUAUUGGAUGUCUGCGGACUUGAAAUGAGUUAAUAGGAAUAACUCGAGGUACUAAAUGUAACUCAAACAUCUCCAUGCACACAGUAUA